AUGCACCUGAGGGGCACAACUCCAGAUGAUCCCGUGGAUUAUUUUUGGCUCAUCCCCCACAUCCCUCUUUCAGGUGACGUACAGGUUAAGGAGCUGGACGUGGGCACUGGAGUGCUGGUGGUGGUUCACAUCACUGUCAGAAAUGGUGAAAGCACUAAGAUUAAUGAUUGCAACUGGGUUCCAAGGUUGAAUGGAGGGUCUUCUGUCCUCAGAACUGAUAUAAAUGGCCGUUUGUUUUUGGUGAAAGACCUUCUGAUUGCAGGUGGGGUGCACUGGGAUACCAACAUAAUCAACGCCUUGUUUGAGGAAAAGGAUGCAUCUCUGAUUCUACAGAUAAAGACCUUAAAUCCAAAUGCAGCAGACAAAUUGAGCUGCUCUUUUCAAGGUAAAAGUAAGUUUUCUGUUAAGAAAGCAUACUCCUGA